AUGAACCCCAUCAUAUCCUGCGAUAACAUUCAUAAGACGUACCUCCUCGGCGUCGAGGGCGUGCCAGCGCUGCGCGGCGCGGAUGUGGACGUCUACCCUGGAGAACUUCUUGUGGUGUACGGCACAAGCGGUGGUGGUAAGAGCACGCUUCUCAAUGUUCUCGGCACGAUCGACACGCCAACGAAAGGGAACAUGUUCCUCUUUGGAAAACGUGUGACAGACCAAACGGCGGACUCAGAGCUAGCUGCGCUGCGCUGCAAGCGGAUCGGGUUUGUCUUUCAAUCAUUUAACCUGAUCUCCAGCAUGGAUGCGCUGGACAACGUGUCGCUACCGAUGAUGAUCAAGGGUUCGCUACCAGCGUCCGCCAUCAAGAAGCGUGCCACGACACUCCUCCAUGAGGUUGGCCUGGGGCACAGGUUGCACCAUUUUCCAUCGAUGCUCUCAGGUGGUGAACAGCAGCGCGUGACGAUUGCUCGAGCCCUUGCCAAUGAACCAGAGAUCUUGUUUCUUGAUGAGCCCACAGGCGACCUGGACACAAAGAACACGCACAUCAUCAUGAACAUUCUUCUGCGGCUGAACCGUGAACGCGGCCUCACGAUGGUGAUGGUGACCCAUGAUGUGUACAUGAAGCAGUACGCCCACCGGGUCAUUUACAUCCGCGAUGGCAAGGUAGGCACCACCGAAGACAUCCACAGUAAUGUUCGUGAGCGCGCUUGGAGGGAGCUGCAGGAGUCCCUGAGCAAGGCAAACGCCGGGGCAGAGGAGCAGAAGACAGCGACCAGCAUGCAACGCACUCCCCAGGACUACGCCACAUUCUCGGCGCAAGGUCCGCUGAAUCUUGAUGAAGACCCAGAAAUGCAGCAGGUAGUUGAUAUGCUCUUCGGCCCUCAGCAGAGCCAUGCCUAG